AUGCGCGAGGUCCUGACUUCAGUCGUCGAAAAGGAAGCUGGCGAUAAAGUUACGAUGGCUUGUCCGCCCUUUGAAAUGGCGGCACAAGACGGGGAAACGGUGACGAUACGGCACACCUUGGCGAACGCGUACGCACUACAAUCGUCCAGCACAGUGAGAAAACCCGGUAGAAACCGGAAGAACGCACCGCGAAGGAAAUCCAGGAGGCUAAUCAUCGACAGCAUCUACUCCGGGAAACUUUCAAAUCUCGUCUGCUACAGGCGGUCGAGAAGAGAC